AUGCGGAUGCCAACAGCAGGCCCGCAGACGCGACACCAGACGGACCAGAGGCGGCGCCAUUUUGGUCGUCGGGAUGGGCACGUCGCAUUCCGUGGCGACCAAUGGCUCUGGCUCGUUGAUGGCCGGCCUCCACUCAGACCAGCCGGCACGGGGCGGAACGAGUUCCUAGGGGACGGAUCCGCGGCGACAAGUCUCCGCGAUGGCCUGCUCGAGCAGGGGACCUUGGGCACGCAAUGCUCGCGAGAUGGGCGAUCAGCGGAGGCGAAACGCUGUGUGGCGCACGGCGGGCGCCGUCGCGCCGUCAACGAGGUUAUCGCAACCGAGGCGAGGAGACAUGAUGACUGGCGCCGGAUGCAGGUGCUCUGCAGGCCGACGCUGCAAUCCAAGCUGGCGGGUCGGCACAUGGGCACCAAGCCAGUGCCGCGAUGCUGUUGGAAAGGUUGUCGGCAUGGGGGUCUCCCUUAUGAUGCUGCGCCGUACUUGACGCCUUUGGCUUGUCUUUAUGUUGAUGCUACUAUCUUGUACUCGCACCCUCGAUUCAUCGUGACGCUAUCAUUUCUCGGAAUAUUAUUGAAGAUACGGCUCAAACCGCUCCCCAUCGACGGCGCCGCCUCCCGCUGUUGGUGUCAACGCCUCCGCCAGGCCUCCACCAGCCCCCCUGCCUCCAUGUCGUCCCGACGCCGCCUCGCGCUACCACCCGCUUCGCCAGACCGAGGCAGCCAUGCAGCCAAGCCAAGGUCCAAGUCAAGACACCCUGCCAGUAUGCCGGCGUUCUUUUUUGUCAUUGUUUUCUCUUUGCAGUUUCGCACCACGGGGGUGCGCACAAAGAAUGCGUCACUUCAUGUCGUCCACGGCCAUCCUUGCCUGGUGCCAUCAAUCUCCGUUCGCCGCAUUGCGACGUCUGGCUAG